UAUCAGCAAAAUUUAAUAUUAUUAAUUUUUAUUUUUAUAGUUUGUUAUAUUUACGUUAGUAAAUUACCUAACGAAAUACCUAUUGAAAUUUAUUAAGUUUGUAAAACUUUUGAAAAUCGACAAUUAUGUCUCUCCUCAGUCAUUGUGGAUUUCAAGACAGCGGCAUUCAUGAUAUCACAAAGGAUGAAGUGACCACUGGUACUACCAUCAUAGCUGCUAUUUAUGACGGUGGUGUUAUAAUCGGAGCUGACUCUCGCACUACAACUGGAGCAUAUAUUGCUAACCGAGUUACGGAUAAAUUAACAAAAGUAUGUGAUAAUAUUUACUGUUGCCGGUCAGGUUCGGCGGCCGAUACACAAGCCAUCACUGACAUUGUUGCAUAUUACAUGGAUUUAACAAGCAUUCAAAUGGAUGAGCCGCCACUUGUCAGAGCGGCUGCCAAUGUGUUUAAAAAUCUGAUUUAUGAGAACAGACAUCAACUGACUGCUGGGGUCAUUGUAGCUGGAUGGGACAGCAGAUUUGGUGGACAAGUAUAUUCGAUCAAUGUAAGUGGUACAAUUGUUCAACAAAAUAUUUCUAUUGGUGGUUCUGGUAGUUCUUAUUUGUAUGGUUUUAUGGAUUCACAAUAUAAAGAUGGAAUGACCCAACAAGAAUGUGAAAAUCUUGUACUUAAUGCAAUUUCAUUGGCAAUUAAGCGUGAUGGUUCAAGUGGAGGUGUUGUGCGUAUGGGAGUAAUAAACCAUACUGGUCAAAUUCAAAGAAAAUUGACACUUGGAGAUCAACUCCCAAAAUUUUAUGAUAAUAAAUAUGAAGAAAAACCAGUUGAAGUAUCUGGAGGAGACGCUACUAUGGUUUAAUUUUUUUUUUCAAUUAUAAAUUAAAUUGUUUUGCUAACAUAAGCAAAAUUAUUUUUCAUUAUAAUAUCUUUAUACUAAAUAAAACUGAAUGAAUUCAAUA